AUGGAUACUACUAUUGCUCAACAAUCUGCAACUACUGUUCAACAAGCUGAAACUUCUGGCCAACAAGCUGCAAUCCGAGCUCAACGUGAGGCGCUAAGGGAUCAGAGAGAAGAAGUUGUUGCUGCUGCGAGAGAACUGACAGAUUUUAAUCAUCAAAACCCACCAAAAUUUAAAGGGGAACAUGAUUCAGAGAAGGCUGAUCUUUGGAUACAAGAAAUUGAUUUUUUUUUUGAAAUGUUGCAUUACACAAAUGCUAAGAAGGUGGAGUAUGCAACCUUUUUGCUUAUGGCAAAGGAUGAAUCCUGGUGGCGGGGUGCGAAGCAGCUAAUGGAGAGUAAGAAUGAAGCACUGAACUGGGUAACUUUUAAACAGAAAUUUAUGGACAAGUAUUUCCCAUCAAGUGCUAGAUCUGAGAAAGAAGCUCAAUUCCUCAGACUUUACCAAGGUAAUAUGACUAUCUUUGAGUAUGCUGACAAAUUUGACUCACUAGCCAAAUAUUUCCGCUAUUUUCGUGACCAUGUGGAUGAGAACUAUAAAUGUGAGAGGUUUGAGCAAGGACUCAGAUAUGAGAUUAAGGAAUCUGUGGAGCCCUUGGAGAUUCGUCAGUUCCAAGGACAUCAGGACCGCAAUAAUAGGGGUAAGCAACAACAACCAUACACCCGACCUCAAAAGAGUGGAAGGGACCAACUUCAAACACAGUUCAAGGGAGGUCAGAGGCCACAAAAUUCAAGUAGUAUUCGCUGCUACAACUGCAAUAAGGAGGGACAUGUGAGUACUCAGUGCCCAGAAAGAGUGAGAGUCUGUUAUCUUUGCCAGCGACCGGGACAUUUUGCUAGGGAUUGUCAAGCACCAAGGAGAGAUCAUGUUCCAUAUACCAAUAACAAUAAUGAUGCUAUCCGGUCUACUGCUAAGGGACGUGCCUAUCACAUUGGAGGAAAGGAAGCUUCGAAUGCCUCAGGAUUAAUCUAG